GUAAACACUUUAGCUCCAGAGGACAACAGGAUGCACGCACUUGCAUAGGCCUGAGGGCAUGUUUUGAACUACCCCAUCAUCAUCAUCAUCAUCAUCAUCAUCAUCAUCCUCUUCACACUAUUGCAUUAGGACGAACGUGAAUUUCAACACAAUCCAAACAAUAGGAGUGAAUGAGCGAGUGGAGGAGGAGAGGAGAGCUGGAUUGGGGGGCGGUGUAGCUGAGAGGCCACAGAGGGGGGUUCCAGCAUUACUGAGAGGGCUGGACAGAGCAAAGGAGCAGAAAACAAGGAAGAAAAGAAGCAAGAGGGGGAGAGAGAGGGAGAGAUGGCGAGUGGAGAGAUCUCCACUCUUCCCUCGGGCACGAGCGACAGCUUUCCCCCGGGCCACUUCAAAGAGCCCAAGCGGCUGUACUGCAAAAACGGAGGCUACUUCUUGCGCAUCAACCCAGACGGACGAGUGGAUGGCAUCCGUGAGAAAAACGACCCCAACAUUCGGCUGCAGCUCCAGGCAACCGCAGUGGGAGAAGUCGUAAUCAAGGGUAUCUCGGCUAAUCGCUACCUUGCAAUGAGCGCAGAGGGGAGGCUGUUUGGAACGAGACGAGCAACUGACGAAUGUUAUUUCUUCGAGCGACUGGAGGCAAAUAACUACAACACGUACAGAUCACGGAAAUACCCCAACUGGUACGUUGCGCUAAAGAGGACAGGACAGUACAAGAGUGGAGCGAACACAGGACCUGGACAAAAAGCGAUCCUCUUCCUACCAAUGUCAGCCAAGAGCUAAACUUCUUCAGUGUGAGUUGUUAUUAGUUUAUGUGAAAUCAAAUGUCAGGUCAGAAUAUGGACAAUGAAUCAUUUUGGGACAUUAAUAAAGGGUUUCUUUUCUUUUAUUGAAUCAUUUACAGACAUAAAAGUAUCACAGUGCUUCACUUGCUUUUGACUAAUGAAUCAUUUCAGGCCAUUAAUAAUUGAUUUCAAUUGUGUGUGAAUUUUUAUUUUUAUUAAUAUUUUAUUUUAUGUUUGUUUGUUUGUUUUUUGAGCUCAUCAUUUUGUCUGAGAUGUGAAUGGAAAUGUGGACAAACUAAAGAGGUUCCUAAAAAAAGUGGUUACAGCUAAUGUCAAUUAAUUACUAAGUACAUAAUAUAUCAUCUGUAUAAUUUUUCAUCACCAACCUUAUUUUCUAGGUCCUAUUCAUUUUCUGAAGAAAAACCUUAAAAAUGUUGUUUAAAAUGCUUUUGGAAACGUUUUGUUAUUCUCAAAUUCUUAAAUUUAACUUAGAAAAAAGAGAAUAGAUUUUUAAUAGAUUUUUUUCAACUUCUUUUAAAUUUAUGGAUAAUUGAACAUUUUAGGCCAGUAAAAACAAUAGACAAUAUAAUUACAUAUAUUGUGACUAAGCCCCGGUGCUGAAUCUUCUAAUUUAACAGUUCGAAAUUGUAUCAGUUUUAAAACUGCAGAAAAGCAAUAUUUUUAGCAAUAAUCAGGUUAUAAAAUUCAACCUUAAAGCUGAACUGGACAUUUGCAUUCAGUCAGUGUAACUACAUUUUGUAAACAAGGAGGUACUGUACUCUCAGCCUGGAGCGCUGUGAAUUUCUGUUUUUCAAUGAAACAGAAACAUGAAUGAAAUUCAGAGCUGCCAGACUAAGGAGAAAGGUGUUGUAUGGAAAUUUAAUUCAAAUUUUACAUUUGUAAAAUGCAAAAAUUUUACAUUUGUGAAAUUUUCUCGCUACUGUACUUUGAACAUACUAGUGGGUCAGAAAAAGUUUGUAGAUCUACAUUAAAAUUUAUAUCGAAACAAUUCUGAAAGUGGAACUCAGUUAAAUAUUUAUUCUAGCAAUACUUUAUAAACAUUAACAUUAAAGUCAGACUUAAAUUACAAGCUUAAGUUAACAAAGAAAAAUGGCCAAAAUUUGUUUAACAUGAAUCUACAUAACUACAUAACUACAUAACUACAUAACAAUCAAAUAAAUAACUCGAAACAUUCACGAAUUUGUGAAACAAUUAUUUUAAUUGGCAAAAGUGUUUUGUUAAAAUAUAUUUUAUAAAAGUUAUUUUUAUUUUUAAAGCCUCUUGAUGUUUAUAACUGCAGCUCCUGUACAUUUUGAACGAAUGUCCUGACUAAAUGUGAGUUUAAAAGAUGCUGCUUCUAUAUAUAUAUAUUUUAGCUUCAGUGUGUAUAGAUCACAUUGUGCUGUAAAUGAGAUUUUAUGUGAGAAAAUAAACACUAAAUAGUC